CAACAAAACGGAAGCAAAGCGAUUUAUGAAAUGUGAUAUCUGUUGAUGAUUGAACAUCCUUACUAUCAGACAUUUAACUACCAGGCGGAUGGAAAGUAACUGAGGAGUAGAGUAUUCGUUAGGAGAAACCAUGGCCGAAGAAAAGGAGAAAAUCGAAGAAAUGAAUUCUCCUGAGACAGAAAAGUUUCUAUCAGACAAAGUGGAUGAUAAUAAAGCUGAGAAAAAUUUCGAGAAACAAGUGAUAAACUGUGACCACUCAGUGAUGAAUGGACCCGGUGUUUCACCCUCUCAGUCUGUGGAUUCUGACAGCAACCUCAAAACUGAGACAUCAGAGUCUAAUUCUAUGGAAUUUUCGCCGGAUUUACAAAAUGAUAUGGACGACGAUACAAAACUUCCUGAAAACGAUAUUCAAACUCAAUCAGUACCUCAGGAAGUAACUGCAAACGGUGAAGAGGCAAAUAACAUUACGGAGAGCCCAUCUUCUACAUUAGCUGACAAUAAUGAUGUAAAUCCAAGUCAACCAGAAGAAAUAAUAGAGUCUAUUGAAACACCUCCAAACGUUGAGGUAGAACAAGACACUGAACAGAAUGUACCUAAAGAGAACAUGAAAACUGGCAAUGGAUCAGUAGAAGAGAAAAAAGAAGUCUGUCCUAAAACAACAAAACCACCAUCAAAGGCCAAGCCAAGAUCUGGCAAAAUGGUGUUUUGUAAAAUUCAUCUUUUAGAUGGACAGUUAUAUGAAACAGAUGUUACAAAAAAUGCAACUGGCAAAGAACUGUUUGAUAAAGUAUGUGCUUAUUUAACAUUACAAGAGAAAGAUUAUUUUGGUUUACAGUAUCAGAAUAACAAUGUAAAAUUCUGGUUGAAUAAUGAAAAGAAAAUAUUGAAACAAGUUAAGGGUGGGACCAGUGUUUUUGACUUUUCAGUGAAAUUUUAUCCACCAGAACCCAUGGCAAUGUUAGAGGACCUUUCUAGGUUUCAACUUUGUUUACAAGUCAGAUUUGACAUCUUUAACGGAAAAUUACCCUGUUCCUUUACCACCUUGGCUGUUGUUGGCUCUUACAUGGUACAGGCAGAAGUUGGUGACUAUGACAAUAUUGAUGAGUAUGAGUUUGGUCCAGGAGAUAGUUAUUUAGAUAAAAUAGAAUAUGCACCAGACAAAUCACCAGAAAUGAGAUCCAAAGUUUAUGAAUUACACAAAACACACAAAGGUUUAACACCAGAAGAAGCAGAAUUGCAAUAUUUAGAAAAUGCCAAAAAAUUAGCUAUGUAUGGUGUUGAUUUACAUCAAGCUAGAGAUUCAACAGGAGUAAAGUUAAUGUUAGGUGUUUGUGCCAGUGGUAUACAAGUAUAUAAAGACAAAUUACGAAUUAACAGAUUUGUGUGGCCUGCCAUUUUAAAACUUUCAUACAAAAGGAAUAAUUUCUAUGUCAAGAAAAGACCUACAGAGAAUGAAAAAGAUGGUGAGACGAUUGGUUUUAAAUUAGAAAAUCAUAAAAUGGCAAAAAGAUUAUGGAAGACCUGUGUUGAACACCAUGCUUUCUUUAGAUUACAUCAAUCAGAUCCACCGAAAAGUUCAACGUUUCCUAGAUUUAACUCAAAGUUUAGAUAUUCUGGUAGAACACAAAAACAAGUCCGAGAUGAAGUUGAGAAGAUUGAAAACAAACCAAAAUUCGACAGAUCACACUUCAAAUACAGCUCAAUGCCACAAACAAAUAAUACAGAAGGUUAUAAUCAUGGUUACCCAGACGAGAAAGAUAGAACAGAUCAGAAAGGUGUGACAACCCCAUCAACAGAGAGUGGACCUCCUCCAUAUUUUACCGAUAGCCAGGGGCCUGAUGGUUACAAUACACUGGAAUCGUCAGCAGACAAACCAAACUCUAUGGGCAAUAUGUCAGAGGACAGAACAGACAGAACUCCAGGUCAUGAGGAUGCUACACAAGAAUGGUCACCUGGAGCUGGUGAUGCAGCUACCUUAGAAGCUCAAAGAAGAGGUAAAAAGUCAAAAGAAGAUAAAGAAAGAGAAAAGAGAGAAAAGGAAGAAGAAAAGAGAAGGAAAAAGGAAGAGGAGAAGGAAAGAAAACGAUUAGAAAAAGAAAGAAAACAGGGAAAAGGUGCUGAAGACAGAACAGAUAAAUUGGGUGAUGAAACAGCAACACUAGGUUUGAAUGGUGAACAUUACCCAGGAUCUGCAGGUCUGGAUUCUGGGAAGAUAACUGCACCAGCACCACCAGAUGGAGCUGAUUCUAGAAAGGAUUUAGAACAACAGCCAAAGGCUGAGACAACAAUUGAUGAUUCUUAUGACAAUAUGGGUACUGGGCCUGGAAUUGGAAUUGUAGCGCCACUGGUAUCAGAAAAACAAAAGUCAGUUGCCUCCCCUGAAACUGACAUAAAUGAUGAUGAUGCUGAAAGAAGGAAAAGAGAUGCCGAAGAUAAAUUAAAUAGAGAUAAUGAUCCUACAAUGAAUAGAGGUGAUGAUCCUAAAAUGAAUAGAGGUGAUGGUCAUAGAAAGUCUGAUAAAUUUGAUGACGAAAAAAAGAAGGGCGACAAAUCUAAAAGAAAAGAGUCAGACAAAUCUAAAGACAAGAAAUCUGGUUUCUUCGGAAGGCUCAGGUCUCCAAAGGACAAGGAUUCUAAGAAAGGAAAGGGGAAGGAAACUGACAUUGAUUCUCCUCCUGGAAGUCCAACGAGCCCUGAUUCAGCUUAUCAGAAAGAGACAAUAGUCAAAGAAACACAAAUCACCAAUAUUGUCCAACCUGCUGUUAUUGAAGCUUCUGAAAAAAUAAGAGAGGUAGUGAUAACGGAGGUUACUAAAGAAGAAAUGAAAACUGUGAAACCAGAAAUACAGGUUGAAGAAAAAGUUGUAGAAACGGUCACAAAUGUAGAUACUUCUGAAAAAGUUAUCGAGGAAGGUGAUGCUUAUUGUAUAGGAAGGAACUCAAAUACUAAAACUGAGGAAAUUAAAAUGGAAGAAGUUACUGAGGAAGUAGCUGCCGAAAAAGAAACCAAAGAUGUUGAGAAAAUAAUGGAGAAUAAAGUUGAAGGAGAAAUUUUAGCAGUUUUGUCAAAGUCAGAGGAAAUUAAAACAAUUAUAAAACAAGAGGAGACUGUAAUAGAGGAUAAGACCAUCAACAAACUGGAGGAAGUUAAAAAAAAAACAUGUAACGGUCCUAAUGAGAUUAUAGAAGAUGAAGUAUUUACAGAAGUACAUAAAACAGAAUCAGUGGAUAAGCCAGUGAUUUGUAAUCAUGUUGGAUCGGAGACAGGUAGUUUAAGUAGCGAUAGUAGUGAUGAUGAGGAGGUGUGUGGCUCUUAUCAUGUAGAAUCUCCCAUAGAAGAAACUCCACCCAAAAUAAAAGUAGAAACAAUUGUAGAAGAGGAACAAAGUGAACGUAGGGUUGAAAUUGUUAAUUGUAAUGAAACAGAAACUAUUCCUGUAAAACUGACUGAGGUUGAAGAAAAAACUGAAAUUAAAGUAAAAGAGAGUCCUGUAAUAUCUGUAGAAGAAAAGCUAAUAGAGAAUGAAAAAGAAACUGUGACUACAGAGAAGAAAGACAUAGUUGAUAGUAUGAAAGUUACUAAAACAGAAACAGUAUCUGAAGUCAAGCAGGACAUCCAAACUGAGGUUCAGAAAGAUUUAAAUGUAUCAAGUGAAGUUCAUGAUGAAAAACAAAAUAAUCAGGAAAUAUUGGUUGAGGAUAAAAAGGAUAAUUGUGAGAGAAAAGUGGAUGAAAAAAGGGAUUUUGAUGUUGUAGUUUCUGAACAAAAGUGUGUAUCGCCUGAUGGUAGUCAAGUUGUAUCACAUCGUUCUGAAAGAAGGACUGAAACCAUUCAAAAAGAGGUUUUAACACAUACACGGAGAGAACUGAAGCCUGAAGAAUUUGAGAAAUAUCAAAAAGAAAUAGAAGCUGCAGACAAGAAGAACAGAAUGGGAUUACAAGAUGAAUUAGGGGAAGUUAGACAAGUCAUAGAAACUGUUGUAGUCACAGAUAUUAAAAAUGAUAGUGGAAAUAUUGUAUCGGAGGAAACAAAAGAAAAAUCUAAAUUAGAAGAACCAAAGGAGGUAAAUACACCUGUUGAAUCAGAUGAUAAGAAAGAGGAGAGUGUUAUUGAGGUAAAGGUUGUCAAAUCUGAAAAUACGUUAGAAGAAAAUGUCAAAAAGAUGAAAUAUAUUGAUGACAGCUCUGGGGAUAGUGUCAGUGAAAAAGUGAAAGAAAAUGAUGAAACACCAGAAGUUGUAAAACAGGUAGUUAACGAAGAGGCUGGGAAUGAAAAUGUUGCUCCAAAGUUGGACAAAAAGGAAAGCAUGCGAUUAAAAAAAGAAGAGAAAGAAAGGAAAAAGAAAGAACUUGCUGAAGAGAAAGAACGAAAGAAAAGGGAAAUGCAGGAAGAAAAGGAGAGGGUUAAAAGGGAAAAGCUAGAAGAGAAAGAGAGGAAGAAGAAGGAAAAGGAAGCAGAAAAGGAGAAGAAAAAGAAGGAAAAGGAUGAGAAAAAAUCCAAGAAAAAUAAAAAAACUGAGGCAGUUGUAGAACAAGGCAUAGAAGAGAUAUCAGAUAAAAAUGUUGAAAAGACAGAAUCAGAAAAAGAAAAGACGGGAGAGUCUGCAGAAGAGGUUGUAGAGGAACGUGUACCAACAGCUAUAGCUUUGGUCAUGGCAAAACAGAAAGAAGAUGAAAAAAUGGAGGAGAUAAAUCUGAAAGAUGAACCAGCUGAAGUGGAAACCCCAAAACCAGAAGAACCAGUUGUAGAAGCAAACAAAAAACAGAAAAAGUCUAAAAAAGAGAAAAAGGAAAAACAAAGUAAAAAGGAAAAGGAAAAGAAAACUCCCAAAAAUAAGAAAAAACAUAAAUCAACAAGCUGUUUUGCAAUGUCUGCUGAACCAAGUUCUGAUGAAGAAGAAAAAGUUGAGGAGAAACCACCUGAAGAAGUAAUAGAGGAAAUAGUGCAAGAGGAAGUAAAACCGGUAGAAGAGGUGAAGGUCAGUCCAAAACAGAAAGGGAAAGGUCUCGGUUGGGCUUUACCAGGGAUGGAAGAGUUGCAGCAGAAAGGAACAAAGCAUGAAGACAGCACUAAACGACAUAGUACUACCUCAUCCCAUUCAACACACUCUACUCACGACGACAACGCCAAAGCACCUAUAGCUGAGCUGACCGAAAUACAGGAUCAUAAUAUGCUGAAUUUAGAACCCGUCAGUAUGAAUGAAGAAAAAACAACGGAAUCUGCAUCGGAAGAUGUUCCAGAAUCAUGUGCUACACAGGUAGAGGAAGUAACUGAUCUGGUAGAGAAGACUGAAAAUGUUAUGACUGAAGCCGCUAUUACAACUCCAGAGGUUGGAUUGGGUGUUGAUGGAGAUAUGAUCAACAGAGUUUUACCUGAAGGAGAAGGUUCUAUAGAUAGAAGAAUGCAAUUUAUGCCAGUUACACCUCCAGUACAGGAGACUAAAGAUUCACUGAAGGGCACUAGCAAUUCAACAAUGCCAUUUUUCGAUUCUGCAUCAGGAGAUACUCUUGGCAAAAAGGUUCCACCCCCAGUUCCUCCAAAAGGCAUGAGGAAUGGAUUUUCGGAAGAAGACAGACUAAUGCAAGACAUGCCACCAACUAUUCCUACAGAAAGUUUUACUUAUGAAAAUAAUACGGAUGACAUCCCUAUUUCAACGAAAAAUGUUCCUUUUGUAAAGACAAAAACACAAACAGUUACAUAUGAAAAAGACGGUAAUCCUUAUGAAACGGAAGAUGGAAUCCUGAUAAGUUCACAGUCCCAUAGUACACGAACACAAACCAUUGAAACUACCACAUAUAAAACAGAAAAAGAUGGCAAGGUAGAAACACGGGUGGAGAAAAAGGUUGUGAUAACAGAUGAAGGAGAUGAUGAUGAUUUAGAUCAUGAUGAUCUCUUAGCAGAAGCUAUCCGUUCAGUAACAGAAAUGAAUCCAGAUUUGUCAGUAGAAAGAAUAGAAUGCAUGAGACAAAUUGAAGAAGUAGAAAAAUAGAAACAUCAUCAUAGGGUGCAAGUGUUGAAUGGAGUGCUUCAGAAGAGACAGAGGAUCAUUUAGUGCCUAAAGACUUGUUUUAUUGCUCUUUAUAUAAGAUGUUGGCCUGUUAUAUUGUACUGGUGGUACUAAACCACAGCACCAGACUGGUUUAGAAAGAAAAAAGUCAAAUGUAAUAACAACCUUCCCUUUCCCAAGUUAAUUAUAAUCAGUUAGUGUUAUUUUAAUGGACAUUUGAAAUUAUAAGCAGUUUUAUAGUUUUAUUUGAUUGUUUCAUAUUUUCAUUUGAUAAGUAUACCAGGAUUGUCUGUUUAAGUGUAGUUGUGUCUGUCAUAUUAACUGCCUUCAGUAGCUUAGAAUUCUGUAAAAUAAAUUAUGAAAAGUGUGGUUUCUGGGGAAUUAUUCAGGAUUGUUAUAAACAUUUUUUUUUCAUAAUAACAUUCAUUUGUUCAUUUUUUUCUAAUCCAGUCUGGUUAUAAAUGCAAUAAUUUAUAUGUGAAAGUGUUUAGUUUUAUUGUUUUAACAUCAUUAUAGAUAAAUCAUGACAUAUUUUGUAUAGCUCAUCAAUUGUAAAGAAAAAUCCAUUUUUAUCAUGCAUUUGUUUUAUAUAUGUUUAGUCCAUUUAUUUUUUAUCUUUCGUUGAUCAACACAUUUGUGAUGAAGACAUAUAUUAUGAUCCUUUUAAGAAAUGAGGUUCUGAACCUGAAUAUUCAUUAGUUUUCAUUUAUCCAUGAAGCAAAAGUCAUUUAGGUUUGAUUCAGUUUAAUUUUAAAGGAAAAUUGAGAUUUAGAAAUUUUUAUUAUAUUUUUGUUAAAAUUAUUUAAGAAAAUGAGGAUUUUAAUAAUUAAAAACAAAAUUGUAUUCAUAAGAGGGAUCGAUCACAUACCACUGAAAAUGGAAAUAGUAAUGAAAAUAUGAUACAUGAUGAAAUAUUAAAAUAUUAUACAUAGAUAUAUUGUUACUGAAUAUAUCAUUUUAUAGUUUUUAUUGAAUUCUAAUGUUUUACAAAAAAAGUGCAUUUUCUUAUUUCUUUUAUAAUUCUAUUUGAAAAUGCUUAUUUUAUUUAUGAAUCAAUGUUGUGUGGGAGGCAGCCGGUAAACAGUUGAUGAUAAUUAUACAAAUAAAUUUGUUUUUGUAUAGAAAUGUAGUUAUAACAAAUUUUAUGAAUUUGCAAAUUUGUCUUUGGUCAAAAGAAAUUUCUGUUUUUUACCACAAGAAAUUAUUUGACAAAGAAGAUUUACAAAUUAUUUAUAUAGACUAUUUUAUGUUGCAUUUUGCUCAAUGCUUGUUUCACUUGAAUUUGCUUUAUGUUUUAAAAUAGAUGUACAUGUAGCAUAGAUUUUGAAGCUUGCAAACAGAUAAAGCCUUCUAUCUUGCUGUUAGUCUUUUGUAGGUGAUAAGGCUGCAACAUUCUUCUGAUCUCUUAAAAGUUUAUUUUUUAUGAAGUUUUUGUCAAGAAUUUAUUUUAAGCCAACGAAUCAGUGAGAUCUGUUCUUGUUUCUAAUACAUGUUAUUCUAAAGCAGUUUGUAUUCGUUUCGUUAUUAGAAAAGUGAGGACUACUUUUACUCAUACAUUUUGUUUUUACCUAAAACAAUAUAUUUCACAAAUAAUAUUGAAAGAUGUACUUCUUCAGUAGCAGAAUGACAAAUUUUCACACCCAUGCCAUUAUUGAGUUUUUGUUAAUCACAUCAAAUACCUUUUGCUAUUUUUUUAUGUUUCUCAAGAUAAAGGAAUACUUUACUAUAAAAAAAGAGUUAUAUCAUAUUAAUUGAUAUUCGUGGUACAUGGUAACGAGUAAUCUCAGAUUUUAAUCAUUAUUAGUGUGAAGAAAAAUUAGUCAUUCUGCUAAACUGUCCUGUCAUAAACUUUCUGUAGUUGUCACAAGCAAAUUUUCAUACAUUUUAUGGUUGUUUUAAUGUCGCCUUGAAAAGGCAUUAUUUAUUUUGUCUGUUUCCCCACAUAUUAUAGCAGCUGUUCAGAACAUCAUUUUAUUCUUAAAAGCAUAUUAAUAAAUUUUUAAAUGACA